AUGACACCAGCUCUAACAGUCGAUACCUCUCCUCCGCGACCCUCCAAAACCCCCGCAUCGACAGCAUCACAACCCUCACAGCCAGCCCUUGCAUCCGCCGUCUCCAGCUCCUUCACGCCUUCAACUUCCACCUCUCGCCCCUCAUCACCCUUGCGCCCGCCCGUCUCCCCGCUCACACCCACCCGCGAACAUGCCUCCAAUCCCUUCGCAACCGCCCCGCGACGAACAUACACACACACCCAGGAACCGCAAACCGCGAUCCCGCAACCCGCAUUGGAACCCAUAAAGUAUGAUGAGAAUCCUGAUGUGAUUGCGCUGAAGAGUACUAUUGCGAUUCUGCAGAUGCAGGCCAGGAAUGCGACGACGGAUAUCCAGAUGUUGCAAAAGAUCAAGGAGCGGGCUGUUGCGGAUCCACACGCUUUCACCACUGCGCUUGUGAAUGGGGAGUUGGGAAAGGAGGGACCGAGUGUGCCAUUGUAUACGGACGACGACGACGAUGUGGAUGAAGAGGACGAGGAUGAGAAGACGAAUGUUGAUAUUGAGAAUAAGAAAUGGCCCAAACUCCCCAAACCCCAGAAUGUUGUUCGGACACCACCAAUAAACUGGACUCAAUAUGCAGUGGUUGGCGACCCGCUGGACAAAUUACACAAUGAUCAGGUAUCGAGACCAUCGGAAGGUAAACCACAGAAACUCGGUCCAGAUGGCGCCUUGGUAUUUGGUGGCGAUGGGGUGAGGAGACCUGCGGAUUUUGGCAUUGCUGCGCCAUAUUCGCCAUUGAGAGACAGACUCGACAAGAAGAAAGGAAAGAGAUAG